CUAUUUGCUUUGCAUGUUUUUCUAAAAGUCUACAAAUGUACAUCGUUGCUAUUACUACAUAGUAGGUGCUUAGAGCAGGAACUAAGUUCAAUAUUAAUACAAACAUUAUUAUUAAGUGUUAUUGGCGAGGCUUAUCUCAAUGUCAUCCUACGGUAAUCGGACUGUCCCAGGCGGCUGGAGUCAACCAAGUCAGGCAGCUACCGAGUCUGUACAACGAAUGGUAACACAGGUAAAGAAUGAAUUCGAAGAGCUGGCACAAGCUAAAUAUUCGACCUUUCAGGCAACCAAAUUUUGGGACCAAAACUCUCGCAAGAAGGGAAUGACAAAUUACUGUGUUAAGAUUGAUGUUGGUGACUCUAAGUACAUCUAUGUAGAACUAUCCUCAGGUCGAAUUUGUGAUAUCGAACUCAAGUCUUUGCUACGAGAGUGGGCGUGGGAGGAUGGACCGCUGAAUGUUAUCCCCGAAUAACACGCACACUAAAUUCACGUCAUAAGACCAUGAUAAAAACUCAGUAUAUUGACGCUUGAUAGAACCUACAAAUUCGUUCUAUCUACCACAAAUUGAACUACGCGUUUGGUCUAAACUACACUUUAUGCAAUGUUGUACAAAAGGAAAACUAGGGUAAAAUGACUUGCGUAAUGUAAUUUUCAACAAUAUUAUAUCACUGCUAAAACUUAAGGACAUAAUGGCCUAGAUAUUAUAUAUAAUAAUAUAAUAUAUAUUAUAUAUAAAUAAGAAAGAAAAACAGGAAACGGAGUAGACUUUAGAACACUAUUUUAUUAAAACAUGAAUAUUUCGACCUGACCUCAGGUCCUCUUCAGCAUGACAAAUU